AUGAAGUACGCGAUUUCCUCGGCCUUGGGCCUGGCGCUCACUGUCAAUGCAGCCCCGUCUCGGACUUUGAAGGCUGCGCCCAGGCAAGCCGCCGACGCAUGCGCCUCAGCUGUGACUCUGGACGCCAGCACCAAUGUGUUUUCAACCCACACCCUGCACGCCAACAACUUCUACCGUGCCGAGCUCGAGGCGGCGGCUGCCAACAUGACCAGCCCCUUGAAGGAACAAGCCCUGAAGGUUGCCGAUGUCGGGUCGUUCGUUUGGCUCGACACAAUCGCCAACAUCGAGCGCCUUGAGCCAGCCAUUGCCGAUGUGCCCUGCGACAACAUCCUGGGCGUCGUGGUCUACGAUCUCCCAGGCCGAGACUGUGCCGCUAAGGCCUCGAAUGGAGAGCUGGCAGUGGGCGAACUUGACCGGUACAAGACCGAGUACAUUGACCCAAUCGCGGCGAUCCUCAAGGCGAACCCUAACACGGCCUUCGCCCUUCUCAUCGAGCCCGACUCGCUCCCCAACCUGGUCACGAACAUCGACCUCACCACCUGCCAGGAAAGUGCCGCUGGGUACCGCGACGGCGUUGCUUAUGCGUUGAAGACGCUCAACCUGCCCAACGUUGUCCAGUACCUGGACGCCGGGCACGGUGGCUGGCUGGGCUGGAACGACAACCUUAAGCCUGGCGCCGAGGAGUUGGCCAGCGCAUACAAGGCUGCUGGUUCGCCGUCGCAGUUCCGAGGAAUUGCCACAAACGUCGCGGGAUGGAACUCUUGGGACGCCGAGCCCGGUGAGUUCGCGAGUGACCCCGACGGGCAGUACAACGCCGCCCAGAACGAGAAGAAGUACGUGGAGCUGUUUGGCGCAGCUCUCGCUACUGCUGGCAUGCCUAACCAUGCUAUCGUUGACACCGGACGGAACGGCGUCCAAGGUCUCCGUGAGGAGUGGGGCCACUGGUGCAAUGUCGACGGCGCCGGGUUCGGUCUCCGUCCUACCGCCGACACUGGCUCGGAGCUGGCCGAUGCUUUCGUGUGGGUCAAGCCCGGUGGCGAGAGUGACGGAACCAGCGACUCCUCAGCCGUCCGAUAUGAUUCGUUCUGUGGAAUGCCCGACGCCUACAAGCCGAGUCCAGAGGCUGGAACCUGGAACCAGGCAUACUUUGAGAUGCUGUUGAACAAUGCGAAGCCUUCCUUCGCAUAA